CGCGGCCCGGAGCGCUCCAGGCCAGGAUGCUGGGGUCCCGAAACUGGCGAGCCGUGCGGGACACACGCAGGUACCGGCACCAUUACCCGGCAGCCCCCGGGAGGAGCAGAUGAUGGGGACCUGCCAGCCCUGGCCCACACUGGAUUUGAUAGAACGGGAUGGCAACGGGGACAUGCCAAACCUGAGUUUCUACAGGAACGAGAUCCGGUUCCUGCCCAACGGCUGUUUCAUUGAAGACAUUCUUCAGAACUGGAGGGAAGAGUAUGACCUCCUGGAAGAGAAUCACUCCUACAUCCAGUGGCUCUUCCCUCUGCGCGAACCUGGAGUGAACUGGCACGCCAAGCCCCUCACGCUCCGGGAGGUCGAGGCAUUUAAAAGCUCCGAGGAGGUGAGGGAGCGGUUCGUCCAGGCCUACGAGCUCAUGCUGGGGUUCUAUGGGAUCCAGCUGGAGGACCGAGACACCGGGCAGGUGUGCCGAGCACAGAACUACCAGAAGCGCUUCCAGAACCUCAACUGGCACAGCCACAACAACCUCCGCAUCACGCGCAUCCUCAAGUCCCUGGGCGAGCUGGGCCUGGAGCACUACCAGGCGCCGCUGGCGCGCUUCUUCCUGGAGGAGACGCUGGUGCGCCGGGAGCUGCCGGCCGUGCGCCAGAGCGCGCUCGACUACUUCGUGUUCACCGUGCGCUGCCCGCGCCAGCGCCGCCAGCUGCUGCGCUUCGCCUGGGAGCACUUCCGGCCGCGGCGCAAGUUCGUCUGGGGGCCCCACGACAAGCUGCGCCGGCGGCGGCCGCCCCUGCCCGCCCGCCCGCGCCGGCCCAGGGCGAGGGGAGCCCCGGGGACCCCCUCCUCCAGGCCGGCGCCUCGGGAACAGACCUGCGGGCCGGGCGGGGCCGGGGGUCCCCCGCCGCCGCCGGGCCCUCUGGCGAGGGACCAGGGAGGGGAGGCGGAGGGCUGCGGGGAGGAGGACCGGGAGUCCCCGAGCCCCAAGGAGAGUAAGAAGAGGAAGCUGGAGGCCAACCGGCGGGAGCAGGCCCCCGGGGAGCCGGGCGCCCAGAGCGCCUCGGAUGUGGAGAAAAUCGCUCUGAACCUGGAGGGCUGCGCCCUCAGCCAGAGCAGCCUCGGUGGCGGUGGCGGGUCCCAGGAAUUGGGCAGCCAGGCCCCGGGGGAGGCCGAGCCGCCCUGCCCCCAGCCCCCGGGGGCCAAGGUGGCCGAGGAGGUGAGGAAGAGAAGGAAGGUGGACCAGGGCCCGGAGGAUGGUGCUUCGGUGGGUGGCGAUGGUGGGGACGGUGGGACCAAGAGGCCAGCCUCCGCCCCGCACCGUGCCGCCCCGGGGUGCCCUGGAGCCAGAGAGGGUGAGAAUGGGGUGGAGGAAGCAGAAGGUUGGGCAGGGCUGGAGCAGGCUGCCCCUGGGACCCCAGCCACCGCAGAACUGUGGGUAGAUAAGGAAGCUGAGGUGGGGCCGUAGGCCAAACCCAGAAAGCCUUAAGGGAAGCCGGUACCCCUGGGCAUCCCGGCCCGGCCACAGGUCUGGGGAGCCCCGUUGCCAGCUGUUCUCAGCACCAUGCAGUACUGGCCUCUCCCCGGUGGGCACUGCAGUGGCCACCGCAGCUGCUGGAAGGUCCGGGGCUUCAGAAUCCUUACCUCCAACUCACGCCCCGCCUCCCUCUUCUGUGCCCCGCCCCCUGCCCGUCUUUGUAAAUUCGCCCCAAGGGUCUGGGGGUUCAUUUUCUUAGUCUGGUGCGAGGCCUUUUCUGAAUAAACUGAUUUGACUUUGA